UCAAAGGCCUCGAGAAAUCGGCUCCAGGUUAAAAACGAGAAGGAAUUUGUCUCCAGGAAUCUCAAACACUGCACGCCAGUUUUGCUGUCUCUGUCUAGAUAUUUAAGUGGAGCAAAGGAUUUAAUCGACCAUCCUGUGGACACACCAGUCACACUGGGCAGAGGCUGGUCAUCUGCUGAAUUUCUAGGAAAGGAUUCACUCAGUCAUCUGACCUAAUGGCUCACCAGCGAGUUCACACCAGGAAGCGGCCAUUCACCUGCUCGGACUGUGGGAAGGGAUUCACUCGGUCAUCCGACUUACAGAGUCAUCAGCGAGUUCACACCGGGGAGAAGCCGUUCACCUGCUCAGUCUGUGGGAAGAGAUUCACUCAGUCAUCCACCCUACAGAGUCAUCAGCGAGUUCACACUGGGGAGAAGCCGUUCACCUGUUCUGUCUGUGGGAAGGGAUUCACUCAGUCAUCCACCCUACAGAGUCAUCAGCGAGUUCACACUGGGGAGAAGCCAUUCACCUGCUCAGAAUGUGGGAAGGGAUUCACAGUGUCAUCCAACCUACAGAGUCACCAGCGAGUUCACACUGGGGAGAGGCCGUUCACCUGCUCAGACUGUGGGAAGGGAUUCACUUGCUCAUCUAAUCUUAAGGUACAUCAGCGAGUUCACACUGGAGAGAGGCCAUUCACCUGCUCAGACUGUGGGAAAGGAUUCACAGUGUCAUCUGACCUACUGACCCACCAGCAAGUUCACACUGGGGAGAAGCCGUUCACCUGCUCGGUCUGUGGGAAGGGAUUCACUCGGUCUUCUGACCUACAGAGUCAUCAGCGAGUUCACACUGGGGAGAAGCCGUUCAGCUGCUCAGUCUGUGGGAAGGGAUUCACUCAGUCAUCCAACCUACAGAGUCAUCAGCGAGUUCAUACUGGGGAGAAGCCGUUUACCUGCUCAGUCUGUGGGAAGGGAUUCACUCAGUUAUCCAACCUACAGAGCCAUCAGCGAGUUCACACUGGGGAGAAGCCAUUUACCUGCUCGGAAUGUGGGAAGGGAUUCACUCGAUCAGACACCCUACAGAGGCACCAGCGGCUUCACACUGGAGAGAGGCCAUUCACCUGCUCAGACUGUGGGAAGGGAUUCACUUGCUCAUCUAAGCUUAAGGUACAUCAGCGAGAUCACACUGGAGAGAGGCCAUUCACCUGCUCAGACUGUGGGAAGGGAUUCAGUCAGUCAUCUCAACUACUGACCCACCAGCGAGUUCACACUGGGGAGAAGUUGUUCUCCUGCUCAGAAUGUGGGAAGGGAUUCACUCAGUCCUCCGACCUACGGAGUCAUCAGCGAAUUCACACUGGGGAGAAGCCAUUCACCUGCUCAGUCUGUGGAAAGAGAUUCACUCAAUCAUCUGCCCUACAGAGUCAUCAGCGAGUUCACACUGGAGAGAGGCCGUUCACCUGCUCAGAAUGUGGGAAAGGAUUCACUCAGUCAUCCCAACUACUGGCACACCAGUCAGUUCACAGUGGUGAGUGGCCGUUCACCUGCUCAGAAUGUGGGAAAGGAUUCACUAAGUCAUCCCAACUACUGGCACACCAGUCAGUUCACAGUGGGGAGUGGCCGUUCACCUGCUCAGAAUGUGGGAAAGGAUUCGCUAAGUCAUCCCAACUACUGACACACCAGUCAGUUCACACCGGGGAGAGGCCGUUCACCUGCUCAGACUGUGGGAAGGGAUUCUCUCAGUUAUCCCACCUGCAGAGUCAUCAGCGAAUUCACACUGGGGAGAAGCCUUUCUCCUGCUCAGAAUGUGGGAAGAGAUUCACUCAGUCAUCCAACCUACAGAGUCAUCAGCGAGUUCACACUGGGGAGAAGCCGUUCACCUGCUCAGAAUGUGGGAAAGGAUUCACUCAGUCAUCUCAACUACUGGCACACCAGUCAGUUCACACAGGGAAGAGGCCGUUCAGCUGCUCAGUCUGUGAGAAGAAGUUCACUCAGUCAUCCCACCUGCAGAGUCAUCAGCGAGUUCACACUGGGGAGAAGCCGUUCACCUGCUCAGAAUGUGGGAAGAGAUUCACUCGAUCAUCCACCCUACGGAGUCAUCAGCGAGCUCACACUGGGGAGAAGCCAUUCACCUGCUCAGAAUGUGGGAAAGGAUUCACUCAGUCAUCCGACCUACGGAGUCAUCAGCGAGUUCACACUGGGGAGAAGCCGUACAGCUGCUCAGAAUGUGGGAAAGGAUUUACUCAGUCAUCCCAACUACUGGCACACCAGUCAGUUCACACCAGUCAAUCGUUAUGAAUCUCUAGGUUUCGUUUGCUGUGGACUGUCAUUUUAAGAGAGAGAUAGAGAGAGAUUAAGAAGGUGAAUCAGUCUGACUGGCAGCUUGUUUACAUCACUCGCAGCUUGUUUAGUUUUAACCGAGGACACAGACACUCAGAGUCAGACAGAGACGAAAGAGGAAAAAUGGAAGGAUCGAAACAAGGGAACUGGUGGCCAAGAAUCUAUGUUUAGAACUUUCCUAUGCCCACAAGGGUGGGUUACUUAUCGAUUCAGCGUACAUCGAAUGUGUAGUUAUCACCUCGUUUGAUCCAUAGGAGUGGAUUGGAUUUGGGGUAUCCUGUGAAGACCACUUAUGUGUUAACCCUUGCCUGGGUGUGGUGUGGUAAUUCACUUGAAGACGAUACCUGUUGUGACAAGGCACUUUCGGUGAUAAUUCGUAUAUGGAUUUGGAAGGACGACGGACAAAAUCUACAAUGACCGUUCUCUCAUUUUACCACCAUGGAACCAGUGAAAUUCGACAUAAUUGCCUUCUCUCGACAUUUACCCUGGAUUACAAAUAUCUCUCUCAUCGCCUGUUCUGUGGAUGAACUGAACUUUCAUACUUUACCAUUUUCAAUACUCCUGCCUUAUUUCCCCUGAGCUCAAUAGUUUGGGAGUUAUACUUACACACAUAUAUAUUCACGUAACACUGUUAACUUUUGUUUAUCUUGCUUAAAUUACUAUAUUAUAAGUAGAUACUAAUAAAGAUAGUGGUUUUAACAUCAAAACCAGACUUCAGGUGUAGACUAUUGCUGCUGGUUCAUUUCUAAAGCGUUACGGUUCGUAAUAAAAUUGGGGCCUGCGCCCAGGAUAUGAACAAAUUUGGGGGCAUAUUGAUUGAUUAAUUAUCAAUUUCAUUGGGGAAAUCAUUUUUGAUUUAUUUAUGUGUGGAAAAUCAGUAGCAAUGGAUGUUGAUAGAUUUCUGGAAGCGCCAACCUCUGAGGCAUUAGAGGACGCCAGAAGGAUCGAGUUGUUGAGUAUUGCUAAAAGGUUAAAACUUGCUAAGGUGAAAAUGACAAUGAGGAAGGCACAGGUGCAGAGAAUAAUAGCUGAGCAUUAUGUAUCUGAGGGUGUGUUUAAAGUGGAGGAGUUGGAGGUGUUUCCUGAAAGUAAACCUAGUGAGCUUGAGCUCCCGUACAAGUUAGAAAAAUUAAAGAUGGAGGCUGCAGAAAGGCAGAGGCAGUUUGAGGCUAGAGAGGCAGAAACAGAGAGAAGAGGCAGAAAAACAGGAGGAAGCAGAAAGACAGAGGCUGUUCGAGCUGGAAAAGAAAGAGAGGUUGCAGCAAAGGGGUCUAGCGUUAGACUCUGGUGAUAAAGUUUGAGGCCAGUCAGGAAGUUAAAUUGGUACCUCCAUUUGACGAGGCAGAGGGUAAUAAAUACUUUCAGCAUUUUGAGAAGUUUGCUCAGAGUUUAAAGUGGCCAAAAGAGGGUUGGCCUAUUCUCUUACAAAGUGUAAUUAAGGGGAAGGCUUAGCAAGCCCAUUCUGCUUUGACAGUUGAUGAAGCAGCUGAUUAUGACAUAGUGAAACAGGCUGUGCUCAAAGCUUACGAGUUGGUCCCAGAAGCAUACAGGCAAAAGUUUAGAAAUUUAAAAAUCUGUGAACCAUACUUAUAUGGAAUGAUUCUCUUGGGGCACUAGAUGGAGUAAGUCACAAUUUGGCUUUGCUCUGUUCAUUUUUCUAUCUUUUUACCACCCUUUUACUAUCUGUAUUAAAGUGUUUAUAACACUUUUAUAUGUUUGAACUUUGAUUUUUAAUCGCUGAAAACGAGUACCAGAGGGAAAAAGGCAUUAGCCGAAGGCAAGGAAGCUGGUAAUGAAAAUGGAAGGAGAGAAGGUGACUCUCAACAGCCUAAGUCUCAACUCACCUUGGAGGCUCUGUCAAAGCUCCUGGAUGAUAAAUUCGAUUCAAGAUUUUCUAAUUUGGAAGUAUUGUUAAAGGAGAUUGAAAAGUAGAUUGGGAGCAUUUCAGCAGGAAUGUGACAAACAACAACGGCAAAUUUCCAAACUUGAGAAAGCUGGUAGACAGAGAGACCGCAAGCUAGAUUUGCUGGAAAAGAAAUUAACUUCGACCACUCAAACACUGCAACAAUAUAAAACUAAGAUUAUCGAACCUGGUAAAUCACAGUCGUAGAAAGAAUUUGAGAAUAAUAGGACUCAGUGAAGACGUUGAGAGUGGUGACCUUACUGAAUUUUUUUCUCAAUUUUUAAUGACGUGUUCGGCUCUGAAGUUUUUUCUACUUCCCCUAUACUUGUUUGUACCCACCGGGCUUUAAGAGCAAAACCCGCUAAAGAACUGAAACCUUGACCUGUUAUACUACAGUUCCACUAUGUGCAUAGCAAGGAGCAUUUAAUUCAAAUUGCCCGUCAGAAAGGGGUUAUUGAACACGGAGACCUCAAGUUUUGUUUGGUUGAAGAUUACAGUCCUGAGGUAAUGCAAGAAAGAUUGCUUUUUAAACCGGUGAUGUCCGAGCUCUAUCAAAGAAAGUUCCAACCAGCCCUGGUAUUUCCAGCUUGCCUGAGGGUUGUUCUGCCCGAUGAAUCACGUAGAUGGUUUAAAUCUAUGGACGAAACGCAUCAAUUCCUUGAGAAUCAACGUUUGAUCUCAGCUGUCUAAUAAAUUUACUGUCUUUUCAUGUCUAUUCAUUUGCAUUAUAAGUUAAUAACCGGUUCAUAGAUUUGGACUUUUAAAGUUUGAAGAAUUUUUCCCUUGGUUUGAUAAUGCUCGUACUUGGUUUUGGAGUAUGGAUAUUUAUCAUGCUUUUAUGUUAAAGUUUCUUUUUUUUUCUCCCUUUAUUAAUUUAUUUUAUUUUCAAUUAUUUUUGAAAAUAAUUAAGAUUUUUUUCUUGAAAUAUUAAUAAGAUUGUGUUCUGUUUCACUUUACAAGAUCUUGCCUUUCAAAAUGUUUUACAAACGGCUUUUUUUUUUAAACUUUUUUUUGGUGUCUUUUUAUGGCAUUCUUUUCCCAAUGUUUUGACUGUGGGUGGUGUUUUGCAUUCUUUUCAAUUUUGGAGACUUCCCUUCAAGAGAGAUGGGGGUAGGGAAGUGUCCAGAUAGCCUUCUGACUGUCUAUUGGCCAGUUUUUGGGCUUUUGUGGUUGGGGGGUGGGGCUAUUUUUAGUUUAGUUUUUUCCACCUGGGCUGAUCUGAAACUACAAAUAUGUCUGAAUUGUCAUGACUUCCAGUUCCUCUUUAAACCUUUUUCCCUCUUCCUGAUUCAUGAGUUUCCUAUGCACAGUUAACCCUUUACACAGCAUAUGGUUUUUUCAAGUAGAAUUGAUAUUAUUAACUUUGUUUCAUGGAAUACGAAUGGUUUGAAUCAUCUGAUUAAAUGAAGAAGAUUGUUAAAGUUUUUCAUAGAUUGCUUAGAUUAUCUUUGCCCAGGAAACUCAUGUAAGGAAGGAGGAUAAUGAGUUUUUUUUUAAGGUUUUGGAAGGGUUAACAAUUUCACUCCAAUUCACAGGCUAAGGUGAAUGAGUGUCUAUUUUCCUCAAUUUCAUUUGUUUACUAUGAAACAAUUUCAGACCCGAAUGGUAGAUUUCUGUUAAUUACUGGUUUACUUUAUAACCAAAAAGUUGUUAUGGUUAAUAUCUAUGCACCAAAUGCCAAUUGUCCUGAAUUCUUUUAGCAUUUAUUUGCAUCUCUUCCUAAUUUAAAUGAAUAUACGUUGAUAAUGGGUGGAGAUUUUAACUGUUGCCUGAAUCCCUCGAUGGACAGGUCUGUGCCCAGUCAAGUACUUCCAAAUAAAUCUCCUGUAUUUAUUAAUUCCUUUUUAGUUGACUCCGGAAUUUUAUAAGUUUGGAGGUUUUUAAAUCCUAAUGAUAAAGAGUUCUCAGUCUUUUCUCAUGUAUAUCACAAUUACUCUAGAAUUGAUUACUUUUUUAUUAUAUCUCGAUUAGUUUCGUAUGUUCCUGCCUGUAAGUACGAUGUAAUUGCCGUCUCUGAUCAUGCACCCCUGACACUAUCAAUCAAAGUAACUGAUGUAACUUUCAAUGCUAGUCAAUGGCGGUUCAAUUCUACUCUGCUUCAGGACUUAAAUUUUGUUAACUUUAUUUAAGAACAGAUUGCCUUUUUCUUCUCAACUAAUUUUACGGAAGAAAUUUCCAGUGGGAUAUGAUGGGACACUUUUAAAGUAUAUAUCCUUGGGCAAAUUAUUUCAUAUUCUGCUGGAUUGAAAAAACAAAUAAAUAAUGAAAUACAUAUAUUGGUUGAUAAGAUUAAAGAAAUUGAUAAAAAAAUAUUCUGCUGCUCCUAAUUUGGAGCUAUACAAAAAAAGAGUUGAACUUCAGAUGCAACACAGUUUGUUAUUAACAUCCCCAAUUGGAAAUCAAUUACUUAAAACUAAGAGUCAAUUUUAUGUACAUGGUGAUAAAUCGGGUAAAUUGCUGGCCAACCAAUUGAAAGCUGCUUCAGCUGAAUGUCAGAUUAUUAAAGUUCUUAAAUGGGAUGGUACUUUGACGGCUGAGCACAAGGAAAUUAAUAAAUCUUUUCAAGAAUUCUAUACCUCUUUAUACCAAUAAGAAUUUCCUGACGAUUCUACCAUAAUGCAUGAAUUUUUAAGAUAAUUGAAUAUUCCAAAAUUACCACUUAAUGAAUGUUCAACAUUAGAUGCAUCCAUUACGGAAGAAGAAAUAAAGAAAGCAAUUUUCUCAAUGAAUUCCGGUAAAGCACCUGGCCUGGAUGGGUAUACAGUAGAAUUUCAAAAAUCUUUUUCAAGUCUACCUUCUCCUUGGUUAUGUAGAAUUUUUAAGGAUGCCUUAUCUGUAGGUAAAUUACCACAAUCUUUUUAUGAAGCAUCUAUUUCUUUAAUUCCUAAAAAUGAUAAAGACUACACUGAAUGUGCAUCAUAUAGACCUAGAUCCUUGUCAAAUGUGGACUCCAAAAUUUUUUCCAAAAUAUUAGAAAUUAGAUUGGAAAAUGUAUUGCCACAAAUUGUCUCUGACAACCAGACAGGAUUUAUUAAAAAUCGAUAUUCGUAUUUUAAUGUUAGGAGGUUGAUGAACAUUGUAUAUACUUCUUCAUCUAAAACUCCAGAUUGUGUUAUUUCACUUGAUGCCAAGAAGGCGUUUAAUGGAGUAGAAUGGAAAUAUUUAUUUAACAUAGUUGAGAAAUUUAAUUUUAGCCCAAAAUUCAUAUCUUGGAUUAAAUUGAUAUAUCAUAUACCUUUGGUUUCUGUACUUACUAAUAAUCAGAGAUCCCCUUUUUUAGGCUUUUUUGAGGUACUUGAUACGGCUGUCCUUUAAGCCUUUUACUAUUUGAUAUUGCCUUGGAGCCCUUGGCAAUCGCUCUUCAUGAUUCACCCAAUAUAUUUGGCAUUAUUCGUGGGAAUGAGACACAUAAGGUAUCAUUAUAUGCAGAUGAUCUGUUGCUAUAUAUCACUAAUCCAGAGAAAUCCAUCCCUGCAGUAAUAUUAUUUCUUGCUCAGUUUAGUAGUUUUUCUGGUUAUAAAUUGAAUCUUAAUAAGAGUGAGCUUUUUCCAUUAAAUAUGCAAGUUCCAAUCUAUAGACAAUCACCAUUUAGACUGGUUACUGAUUAUUUUACUUAUUUGGGUGUUAAAAUUACUAAGAAGUGUAAGGAUCUAUUUAAAGUUAACUUUUUACCCUUAAUUGAUCAUGUUAAACAACUGCUUACUAAAUGGUCCCCAUUGUUCCUAACAUUGAUUGGUCGAUUCAAUGCUAUUAAGAUGACUUUUUACCUAAAUUUCUCUAUCUAUUUCAGAUGGUACCAAUCUUCAUCCCUAAGUCCCUUUUUGAUAUUAUUGGUUCUAAAUUGUGUUCAUAUAUAUGGCAGAAUAAAAAUACUAGUUUAAGUAAGAAAUAUUUACAGAAAUUAAAAAAAGAUGGCAGUUUGGCAUUGCCAAACUUUAGAUUCUAUUAUUGGGCAAAUAAUAUUCAAUUUCUUAUGUUCUGGACACAAGAUUUGGAUGAAAUUCAAUGUCCACAACAGGUGAACCUCGAGUGUGAGUCUGUACAGGGGUUCUCAUUGGCUUCUAUUUUAGGGGCUUCGCUUCCCUUUGCACUUACUAAACUGAACAAAAUGAUUACUCCAAUAAUUAAACAUACAAUACGAAUAUGAUUUCAAUUUCGUAAAUUUUCUGGAUUGAAUAAAUUUAUCCUAUCAAGUCUUAUUAUAUCCAAUUUUUUCCUCCAACCAUCCAGAACAGAUCAAGCUUUUCUUUUAUGGAAAAUGAAAGGAAUAAUGUGUUUUUGUGAUUUAUUCAAGGAUAAUUGUCUCAUGUCCUUUGAACGGUUGUCUAAUAAACAUAAUUUGUCUAGAUCACAUUUUUUCAGAUGUUUACAGUUUAGAAACUUUUUGAAGGUUAUUUUACCUACUUUUCUGAUAUCGCAUCAAACUGAAAUUACAGAAAAUAUUUUAGGUUUAAACCCUGUCAGAAGAGUUUAAUAGCAAUUGUUUAUGAUUUAGUUAUGAAAAUAUGUUUAGGUAUGUCUGAUAAGAUUAAGAAUGAAUGGGAAAGAGAACUUCAGGUACCUUUACCCAUAGAGAAAUGGGAGAAAAUUUUCCAACUAGUUAACAUUUCUUCAAUGUGUGCUAGACACGCUUUGAUACAAUUAAGGUGGUUCAUAGGGCCCAUAUGUCUAAGGAUAAGUUAGCUCAUUUUUAUGGUCAUAUAAAUCCUGUCUGUCACAGAUGUAAUUCUGAGGUAGCUUCCUUGACACAUAUGUUCUGGUCUCACCCUCUCUUGGAAAAAUAUUGGAAAGACAUUUUUGAGAUUAUUUCAGUAGUUUUGUGUAUUGAUUUAGAACCUCAUCUUAUUACUGCAAUUUUUGGACUACCAAUGAUUUACUUUAUUCAUUUAUCCCCUUCAGCUUGUUGUUUGAUUGCAUUUGUUACAUUAAUAGCCAGAAGAUCCAUUUUAUUUAAAUGGAAAGAUUCUAAUCCCCCUACUACAUUUCAAUAGUUUUCCCAAAUUAUAACAUGUUUAAACUUGUAAAAAAUUAGGAGUGGUACCACUGAUCCUUCGGUUAAAUAUGAAGAAAUUUGGAGGCCAUUUAUUCAACAUUUUCAUAUGAUGCAAGCUGACCUUUUCCGAAUCCUUUUUAGUAACUUUUUGUGUGUAGAGGAGCGGAGUUAAUGACAAAUAAUGAUCUUAACCGAUGAAAUAUGGCAGCCCAGUCUUCGUUUUGUUUUUUUUUAGUGUAGGGGGUAAAAACUUUUUAAAUCUUUUUCAUGUUCAGUUAUUAAGACAUUGGGAGGUUUAAAUUAAAUAUGUUACUCGGAGUCUGUGUCUGUAUACGUUAACCAUUAGUAAUGUAAUCCUGAUCUCUUUGUAUCAUUAUCAUUAUAUUUAUCAAUUUG